AGUCCCCCCGAAUGAGCAGCAGAUGUUUGGGGCUCCACGCGUCGUCGUCGUCGUUGUGUUAUAAUGUGUUGUAGAGUGUCGUCAAGCGCUACCCUUCAAUAAAGUCUAGAGCCUAGAGAGGGGAGAAAUAUAAAGAGUUUGACCUUUUCGAUAUUGCUGGACAAUUUUACGGGAAUCGUUUCGGUCUUUUUUCGGGAGAAUUUUCUGCUAGUUUUGAUCGGGAAGGUUUGUUCAAAAUGUAGGGACUUGAGGGAUCUUGGAAGUCGUCCGGACGGCCGUUUUUUCGUUGGAAUUUUCGGUGUGUGUGACCUGGAGGUUGAAAAUUCAUCUCUGAAAGUGGAAGAUCUGCUUCGGCUACUUUGUGUUCAAGGCCUUUCGACAAGUUACAUUGUGUGGUGCAAAAGACGAACGAAACGCGAAACAGCGAAAAAAGGUUGAUUCCGAAAUCAAACCUUGUGAUUCUGAGGAAGUCAUCGAAGACAACAUCUAAGCAUCCUUCGAUUCAUCGUGCGUGAUGUAAGCAGCAGCAGCGAAGAACAACGGCUUACAAAGUGGCUACGUGAACGAUCGUUGGAGCCGAAUUUGUUGAGCGUGCCCCGGAAACUUGGGCGCGAUCUCGAAGAAAUCGCCUCGAAGAAGAGGAAGUUGAUUAAAUCGGGGUUUCGACCGUGUAGUGUUAUCCUAGAAACGAAAAUCUUCGUCGUCUUCAAUGAGUGGCGGCUGUGUGUUUGUGUGUGGGAAAGAAGAUUGGUUUGUCGAUCGAGGUUCCGAUCGUGGAAUCCCAACUGAUCGUAACGUGUAAGAAAUCCAGCAGUGUCUAGCAACAGCCAGCCAGAUCGAAUGAAUGACUAGGAAGCAUCAUCACCAAUGGAAGCAAGUGGUAUCGUUUCAAGGAUUGUACCAUUCGUAGUGAUAGGAAAAAAACCAAUCCAACCAGCUGUUAUCCGGGACGAUCUGGAAAGACUCCCGGAGUCACUGUGAAAUCUAGAGAAGAAGAAAGCUCCAAGUGAAAGUUGAAGUUCUCGAAGUCUUCGAUAGAGAUAAAGAGUGAAUAAAAAAAAUCGAUCAAGUUAUAUCGUGAAAAUAUAACCUUUCUCCAAAACGAAGGUUAAGUUCUAUCUGCCUAGAGUGUGUUCGUUCUGGAAAGGGUUAGAAGUGCUGGUGGUGGGGAUUAUUGAAGGAGGAAGGGAGGAAACAUCAGGCGACGUGUUACGCCAAUACCCUGUCGACGACCACCAAAAUGACAAAUGCGAUCCGUGUAGCGGUCAGCAAAAACCGUCACCGGUACAAGAAAGAUGGAUUCGAUCUGGAUCUCUCAUACAUCAACGAACGAAUCAUCGCCAUGGGCUAUCCGGCCGAGAAGGUGGAAUCAUUUUACCGGAACAAGAUAGAUGACGUGCACAAGAUGCUGGAGAUGAAGCACCACGGGUGCUACAAGGUCUACAACCUGUGCUCGGAGCGGAGCUACGACGCCAAGCGGUUUCCGUCCUACUCGGUGUAUCCGUUCAAGGAUCACAACCCACCGGACAUCGAGCUCAUUACGGCGUUCUGCCGGGACGUGGACGAGUAUCUGCGGGCAGACCCCAAGAACGUGGUGGCGGUCCACUGCAAGGCCGGCAAAGGUCGAACAGGUACCAUGAUCUCUUGCUACCUGAUGUACAGCCGGCAGUUCAACACGGCCGGUGAGGCGCUAGACUACUACGCACAGCAACGCACAAAUGACGCCAAGGGCGUCACCAUUCCCUCCCAGAGGCGGUACGUGGAAUACUACGCCUCGCUGCUGCAGAGCAAUGAACUGUACCGAUCGGUGACACUAUACCUCUGCGAGAUUCGGGUGACGCCCGGGGUCAACAUCAGGGAGGGUUCGAUCCACGUGAACGGAUCCGACCUGGUUUCGCUGGUGGACAUCAAGCGGACCGAUGACGCCACGGUGGCCAAGCUGUACUGCUGCAUGCCCCUGAACGGCGACGUCAAGAUCGAGUUCCUCAAGAGUACGGUCCUCAGGAAGGAGAAAGGGUUCCACUUCUGGUUCAAUACCUUCUUCGUGGCUAAGAUGGCGAAAAGAGAUGGAGAUGGGAAUUUGUUGCUAACACUUAGCAAAACGGAAAUAGACGACGCCCAUAAGGACAAGCAGCACAAAGUGUACCCCAAAAAUUUUACGGUCCAAAUGGUACUGCAGACGGUACCGGCGGGUAAAUAUUCGGAAAGUGUUAGUCUUCAAAAAUGCCAUCCAUCCUCACCACCUCCGGGGUCCAUCCAGAUGCAGAUGACGAAUACAACUUCACCGACCGAUGGCGGUGGUCUGUUGGUGAUCCAUUCACCCUCCUCGCCGCUGAUCAACUGCAACCUACCGCCCCAGACGGUGCUGCAUCCGCAGGUUCCGUCACAGUUCCAUCCACCGCACCGGCAGCAGCUGAACAACAGCACUUCCGAUCCGUACCGGCAGCCCGGAUUGGCUAGAGCACCCCUCGGGAAUAACCAUCAGAACAAUCACAACAACCACAACCAGUUGGAUGAGAACAACCACAGCUGCGUCGAGUACUCGGAAACGUCCAGCUCGGAGUCGUCGACCGAGGAGGAAGGCUGGGAUUCCGGGUCUGCUUGCAGCAGCAGCAUCAUCCGUCGCCAUCAACACCAUCCCCCAAGCCAGCACCACACCCCGCAUCACCACCACGAUCAUGAUCAACACCAGUUCGACCAUCGAGAUCAUCCACCCCAAAACGCAACGACUACGUCAACAACAACAACAACGAAUGGUGCCGCUUUGGAUGACAUCCGAAAGGAGCCAUCGAAUGCCUCGGCCUCGAUCAGCAUGAAAUCUCCAAUGAAAAAGCCGGUCGAAUUUGUCAUCAGUGCGGCCCAAAAACUGCACCGACUGUCCACCAAUGCAAUCUUUAGCCAUCCCGGGAGUGGCCGCAACCACAACUCAGCAACUCAUAACGGCAACGAACAUCCGACGACGACAACCGCCAUCAUACCGAUAACCGAUAACUGUAAGUCCAACAAUCCUAGCUCUAGCAAUGGUAGUGAUACAGCAAAUGCCGGCGACAGUAAGAUUGUCGGCUUGAUCGGUGGACCCUCCGAUACCGUUUCAGCUACAACUACAACUAGAUGUAAUAGUGAUAGAAGCUACGUUCCUUGUGAUAUUGCUACAAACAAAAGAAACGACAACCGGUUCAGUUCUCAACAACAAUCGUCGGCGACCGAUUCCGAUUCGCGGAAGUCCUUUUCCUUCAAUCAUGAGUUAACCAGUCCCCAACGAAAAAGACUAGUUAGACAUAUUCUCAGUAAUGAUCCGGCCACCUCCUCUAUUGGUCAAAACGGUGCCGCCUCAUCUCGCCAAGAAUGGCAACCCUUCCUUGGCGGCAUUCUGUCUUCGUGCUCCUCCGCGUCGAUUUCGUCCUGUUCCAAUUCUUCGUCACUGUCCGGUACCGGAGUCAAUCCGUUGAUGGCCCAUCACCCGAUUCAUCAUCAUAAAUCGUCAACAACAACCAGUGCCAAACUUCAUUCGCUCUUUUCAGUCAGUUCCUGUUACAGGGGUCAUCGCGAAGGAAAUCGAGACUCGGAUGAUGACGAAGAUGAGGGUCACCAAGGUGACGAAACACAGGACACCUGUUCCUAUACUUGGGCCAAAUUGGGGCUAUCCACAAGGGGUGGCGCUGCUGCUGCUGCUGUUGCUGGUGGCGGUGAUUUGGAAGGCGGCAUCGGUGCUGUAGUAGUAGCUGGAGGUGGCCUGACCAAGCAGGGUAAAUCAAGGACGGCUACGGCGUCCAAUAGCAAUGGCGAUAGUGGCCGUAGCAGUACCGAAAUUAUUCCCUCCUCGAUGGAGGAUACAGGCAAUGAGCUGAAGAACGGGGUUAGAGAUUUGGACUGAAUUUGGCAACGUUUGUAGGCCGCAUGUUAGUUUUUUUUAUGGAUACGAAUGAUUCAAGCCAUAUAUUUUGGAAAAUGUGUAAAAAUAGUUUUUAUUUUAUUUCUACACAAAUAAAAUACAUAAACAUUUAACUAUUAAUUUCAUGUAUUUCUCCAUUCCUAAGAUGGAGUAUAAAUCGAUUUACCUGUUUUGAGGUUGUAUACAUCCAAAACUCCGUAGAGAUAAACAACAACUUAAAAAAAAAAAACAAAAAUCCAGAAUAAAAUAUUCAGAAUUCAUUUCCUAUUUUUAAUACAUUGUACUAUUAGACUGAGUCGAUUUGGGGUCAUUUUUAAAUUUCUCAAACCCUGAGGUCAAAAAAGCUUCGAGUUGAUUCAAAACUCACCAACUUCGUAACAUAUUUGGCAAAAUAAUUAAAAGUUGUUUAACAAGGGUUUUGUGAGAUAUGAGCUAAUCAACCCUGCCGUAUGUUGCAAUAAGUUAAACAAUACAACUGGCUGCACUGUUUGCCAGCAUUGUCAAUCCCGUCAUGAUUGAUAUCUCUCUCUCUCUCUCCAAUCUUCUCCUUCUCGCCAACGGGCUUUGCCACUGGCUCAAUCAAUUCGUCAGUCAGCUCGUCUGUCGUGCGCCAGAACGGUCGUGCGCUUUUAUCACUCUGCGAACAACCAAAAGCCUCUCGAUCAGACAAUGUAAAUCCUGAUCGUCGAUAGACUCCGGAGCGGCCCCACAGGUUUGGCAUUGAAAAACAACAAAUUCAAUCGACAUCACUGCUGGUGCCUCGCAAACAGUGUUCCGAAAAUCACUCAUUUUCAAUGAAUGUUCCUGAAUGCACUUCGCAACUGAACGUAUAGCGAUCGGGUUUUGUUAUUGAUUGCUACUGGACUUAUGCGAUCAUCGAUCGUUCUAUUCAUCGCUAAAAUACAGAUCACCUCGCACGAUGCUUGCUGUCAAAACAGUGCAGCACUAUCAUCAAAUUGGAAUCUCACCAUUGAGCGAUGCAUACGGCGAAUCAUGUUGGGCUAGGAUCAGGAGUGAAUGGUUCAGGCAGUAAGCGAGUGAUACAUGUAACCGAUCAUUAGCAAAUGUUGUUUGAUUUUAAACAUAGCCAAUUAAUAAAUUUAUUUGAUUUUACAGCUUUUUUUACUACAGUAAGAAUAAAAUCAAACUGUAGUUGUGUUUGUGAUGGAAAGAUGGUCACUUCCGCCGUCUUUUCAAUUUCUAAUCAGCCAGGCGGAUACUGAGUGAGCGAAAUCCCUAUUGGAUCAGUUGGUAUCUCUCUCAUCUCCGAUAUGCGAUGUUUGCUAAACCGAUGAUUCUGAAUGAUGCAUAGCUGAUAGGAGCGCUGAUCGAGAUUGCAUACCAGCCAGGCGAAGCAGUUGCGAGAGGCGCAAUCCCAUUAUACAAUCAGAAUGUAUCCAACAGGAAACGCAUCCUGAGUGUUUAUUUUGAUUGAUUUUCGGAACAUUGCUCGCAAAGUGUUGCAUGAAAAGAUGUCAUUCGAUACCUCGCUAGGCACCCAGAAGUGAUGUCAGUUGAAUUUAUUGCUUUACAAUGCCAAAAAAUAUGCGAAUUCGAAUGCUUAUAACUUAUUUGUCUAAAAAGAUACGAAAUUACAGUCUUCGACAAAGUUGUUAAGCGGAAAAUUUGCUUCAAAGAAUUUAAAAAUUGGCACAAAAACCUUUAGCAGGCUUGGUUCCACAGAAGAAACAAAAACGAUGUUGGUUUUUCAGUACAAAAUAUAAAAUUUUCCCAUACAAACCUAAAAGUUCAAAUUUACUCAUGUAAACGUUAUUUAAAAAUCUGGCCAAAAAUCAUGGAUGAGUUAUGAACCAAAACAAAGUUUUUUCAUCUAAAGGUUUGAGAAACUGAAAAAUGACCCCAAAAUCGACUCAGUCUGAAGAAAGCUUUACCAGCACACAAGAUGUUCUGCCCUUUGCAGGAAAUUUCAAAUACUGAUUAAAUUUGUACUCAAACUCAUUCAUGAGUUAGAUCCUACACCCUUUAGUUAGAUCUGAAAUGCUUGAAUCUAAUCACAGCUACAAAGCACACUUCUUGUCAAAAUUCAAUUAAAAGUGACAAAAAAUAAAACUUUGAAAUUGCCGCCGCGCAAUGUCGGCAGUAGGGUGGCUUCAUGCUAAAAAUGGACCGGAAUUUCGUUCUAAGUGUCAUGUCAGUAUAUUCAAUACAAUUUUUAGAAAUACAAAUUUUACUAAAGCAAAUGUGUUAAAAAAUGUAUAACAAAUUCAAUUUGAGUUUUACAUCCAGACUUCUUUCGCCUUAUCCUGCAUUGCCUUACCCAGAUAACGAUUGACAAUAUACAGUACCGUUCAUGAUUGUAUAGAAAUUGGAAGCAAGCGCACUGUCACUUCGACUUUGAACUUCCAUAACUUUUAACUCUGAUGAUAUUUUUUGAUCAAUUUUUUUGCGUUAGAUAGAUCAACUAUCACAUUAUUAUCGCACCAAAUUUGAGCUUUCUCGAGUUUGUGUGGCCUGAGAAACAGUAGUUUUACGAAAAUCGGACUUUUUGGACUUUUCUCAUUCAAACUGCAAUAUCUCUGGAACUGAGCAACAUUUUUUAUUGAAAUUUUGCAGAGUGAUUGUUGAAACAUAAAACUAGCAUGUCUGAAGUUUUCGAAAAGUUCUAUCGAUGAGAUCAAAAGUUACGCGAGGUGCAAUAUUUUAGGCAUGAACCUUGAAUUGCGAUUUCUAUAGAAUUUAGGACGAAUGUUUUCAUAGGAAAAUUUUAUUCUCUGUUUAACAACCAGUAAAUCUAUUUCAACCGAAAAAACACAACAAUAUCGCGAGAUUCUGAUUUCAAAACACAAAUGGACCAUUUAUUCCAUUUUUUCUUUUCUUCAUUGCUUUUGCCAGACUUUUUUAUCUGAUUGGUGGAGGAAAUGAUAUUGUUCUCAUAAAUCGUCCAUAAUUCUAUAGAGAUCGCAUUUCAAGGUUCAUGCCUGAAAUAUUGCACCUCGCGUAACUUUUGAUCUCAUCGAUAGAACUUUUCGAAAACUUCAGACAUGCUUCAUAUUUCAACAAUCACUCUGCAAAAUUUCAAUAAAAAAUGUAGCGUAGUUUCAGAGAUAUGGCAGUUUGAAUGAGAAAAGUCAAAAAAGUCCGAUUUUCGUAAAACUACUGUUUCUCAGACCACACAAACUCGAGAAAGCUCAAAUUUUGUGUGAUAAUAGUGUGAUAAUUGAUCUAUCUAACGCAAAAAAAUUGAUCAAAAAAUAUCAUCAGAGUAAAGAGUUAUGGAAGUUCAAAGUCGAAGUGACAGUGCGCUUGCUUCUAAUUUCUAUACAAUUAUGAACGGUACUGUAAAUUACAUCCUGAAAUCAAAGGGAAUCAAAACAAGAUAAGUGCCAAAAACCUGGAAUUUUAGUUCAAUUUACUCUUUCUCAAUCUGCAUCUGGUGCAAAUCUCUGACUUAAAAAAAAAUCUAACAUUUUUUCGAUUGAAUGAAAACUGCUCGAAAGAGAAUGAAUAUGAAAAAUCAAGCACAUUAUUGGCAACAUUGAAUUGCGUUUUCUCGAAACCAUCAUUUGGGCACUUAUCUCCCUCUGAUUCUGAGGGCUUCAAUUCUAAAUCUGGGUUCUGGUUAUAAAUCUAGAUUAAAGAUCUAGAUACGGAUUACGAAUUCUAAUUAAUCUGUUUUUAAGUUUUGAAUUCCGAUUCUGAAAAAUGCUUAGUACCGAUUUGUUACUUUGAAUUCUGAAUCUUAAUCUCAAUUCUGCAUCUUAAUUCCGAAUUUAAAACCUGAAUCAUAAUUUUUAAUUCGAUUUUUUUUUUGUAAAAAAACUGUAUCUGAAAUGUAAUAAUGCUUUUGAACUUCGAUUUCUAAAUUUUUAAUUGUGUUCCUGAUUUCAAACUUUCUCACCUCAAUUUCAAAUUUUUGUUCUAAAGUGCUCGGAUUUUCAUGUUUAUUUUUUCGAUUCGAGCAACUUUAAUUCAAUCGAAAAAGUGUUGAAUUUUGGAAAAAAUUAGUUUUACAUCAGAUGUUUAUUAAGAUAUGAGGAAAUGAUUAAAAAAAUUAACUAAAAAUCGAUGGUUUUGGCACUUAUACACCUCUGUUUCCGAGGGCCUUAAACAAGGUUGCCGAAUAUAAUUCUUUGCUUUUUCGAAAUAAAAUUCCGACUUUCUGUGAGUUAACUUUCAAACUCUUUGAUGGUUUUCUGUGUUGAAAAUAGCAAUAAUUGAAUUCUUUUUUUUCAAUUUUUUACCAUUUUUCUUGAGAAAAAUCAAUUGAAUUAAUAAUCUUAUCAUGAUUUAAAAAAUUAUUUUAGAAAAAUGUAUAACAUUUUAAAUAUUGGUAAAAUAUGCGAAAAUUUCCAGAAUUCUGUGUUCUGUGACACAGAUUCUGUGAUGAAAAUUUGCUGAAAAUUCUGUGAAAUUAUAGAUUUUUCUGUGAUCUCGGCAACCAGGAAUUCUUUAUUCCAGUUUUAUUUGUAACCUGAGAUGAAAAUCUGAUUUUUGAUUAUGAUGCAACUUCUGAAUCUGAACUCUGAUAUUGAAUUUCGAAAUCUGAAUCCAGGAUCUUGAUUCAGAAUUCCGACUUCUAAAUCAAAAUUUUUAAUUCGAUAUUCUGAAUUAUAGGUAUGAAUUCUCAAUUCUAAAUUCUGAAUCUGAAUUCGAAAGAUGCAUAUAUCCGGUGUACAAUCUAAAUUCUGAAUUCAUCUCAAUUGUGAGUUUGAACUGUUAUCCUGAAUUCUGGAUCUUAGUUAAUAAAUAAAUCCGUGUCUAAAAUUUGAAUUUCAUAUUCUUAACCUGUAUUCUGAAGCUGAUUUCUUAAUUAUGAAUCUUGACUCGCGUUCUGAAAUUUUCAAUUUGAAACUUGUAUUUUUUAACUUGGAGUCUUUAUAAUGAUUCGGAAUUUUUAAUCUGAAAUCUGUUGUUUUUCUACGCUCUGACCUUGAAAUCUGAAUUCUGAUUCAGAAAAUUUGAAACUGAAUUCUUAAUUGAGGCGCUUAGGAUUAUCUCCUGAAUGUGAGUUUUGAAAUUAAAUUUUGAGUACGAAAAGAAUCCAUAUUCUGCAUUUUAGUACUGAUUCUGCAUUUUCAGCUUUGGUUUUGAAUUCUGAAUUGGGAAUAGGAAUCUGUAUUCUGAGUGUUUGCUCUAAAUUCGGAACUCGAAUUUGACAUUUUUAGUCCGGAUUCUGAGUACCCAGCAAACAUUUUUGUAGCAAUAUUCUUGUGCUGUUAUAGAAAGAUCGUAUGAAAAUUGGAAAAAGCAUUUAACUACCAAAGUGGAGUCGUUUUUAAAUUUCUUUUUUUUUUCUAAACC